CUUCCUAACCUAAAGCAUCAAAGACUAGCUGCCAGGCAAUUCGGAAGCAGAUUAAGGCGGCGAAACAAUUACCUUAACCAUCAAUAUUCUAUGGAGUGAGCUGAUGUUAGGGGACCUAUACAGUGAGGGCUCAAGGAGGUUAAUUCAAUGGGCAGUGGGAGAAGGGAAAUGAUGUCCUCAAAGGGAAAUUUUGUCUGUAUAUCUGGAAGGAUGUUUGAAAGAGUAACAGAAAGUUUGGCAUUAGGCCAAUAGCGCCACUGCGAAAAUUUCUUGAAGCGCAGUUUGUCAUUAGUCUUCUUUCACUAAUAUGCUUAAAGUCUCAUUUAGCAACAUUAAAGCUACUGCUUCUACUCAUGAUGAAUAAUAGACAAUUACUAUUCUUCUUGUCUAGAAGCAGUACAAUAAACUGAAAGGAUAUCAUCUGUGUAGUAGCAUUGGCUAUCAGUUCUGCGGGAAAAUCUGACUUUAUGAGGAAAAAUUAAAUCCAAAUAAAAAGUGACCCUUAAGAUUGCAAUUUCGCUUCUAGUACAGCUGACAUUGUCUUUCUUUUGUUUCUUUCCCCGCCCCCAUUUCCUCUCUAUGCUGUGAGGAUAGGGUCUUGACAAUGCUAUUAAGGAGUUGAAUGAGAAAACUGUACAAGGGCCAAUGGGAGGUCCCUCAUGCAAGCUUCAGGUCGAAGUUGCUAGGCCAAUGGACAAGAACAGGAAACGAGGUCGUGAGGAUCCAAACAUAUCCAGUACCAUUGAGAGUCAUUCCAAGCUUUUGAAGGAUGAUCCAAAUGUUGAGAUGAUUAGGGCUCCUAAAUCAACUGCUCAACUGGAGAUGGAUUAUUCGGAUCCUUAUGAAGCUGCUGUAGUUGCAUUACCUGUGGUUGUCAAGGAGCGUUUAGUUCGGAUCUUGCGGCUUGGUAUCGCUACUAGAUAUGAUAUAGAUGUUGAAAGUUUAACCAGUCUUAAGAUGUUGCCCGAGUCAACUGCCAUAUCUAUUCUUGACCAGUUCAUGUUGUCUGGAGCUGAUAUGCAGAACAAGGGAGGAUAUUUAGCUUCGUUAAUUUCUAAGCAGCAGGUUGAAAAACUGGGACUGAAACAAUUCGAUAGUAGGUCAAGGAUAGAAGAUGUUGGCUUGAGGGUGCCAGAACCAGACAGGUUCUCUACAAGAGUUCGUUUGCCAGAUCUAGAUUCAUAUGCCUCACGAGUACCCUUGCCCAUGCCUAGGGCUGAUGUUUACACAUCUCGCUAUUCAUCGUAUUUAGAUCCCCAUCUGUCUGGUCGGAUGACAACAAAGAGAAUGGAGGAAGCAAGUUCCCAUUUGCAGGCGACUUCACUUCUGUCUAAUCGGGUGACAACGAGGAUGGAGGAAGCAGGUUCCACUUUGCAGUCGCUCCUAUCUGGUGGGGUGAUGACAAGAAGGAUGGAGGAAGCAAGUCCUAUUUUGCAGGCAACACUCCUUCCAUCUGGUCGGGUAUCAAGGAUGGAUGAAGCAAGUCCCAAUUUGCAGGCAACAUGGAGCCCUUCUCCUACUAAUGACAGAAUUGGACUUCAUUCACACAUUACCGCAACUGCUGAUCAUCAACAUACUCGACCACGGAUCAGGUUUGAUCCCUUCACUGGCGAGCCAUACAAAUUUGACCCCUUCACUGGUGAGCCAAUUGUUCGCGAGAGCUCAAGUCAUCAUCGAAGCAUGUACUGAACGUUCUGAGCAUUCUAAUUUACAAAUGGCUUAUUGCCAAACCUAUGUAACAUAGUGAUGCGUAUUUUUGUUCAUCCGCAGCUGUAAAAUAGUAGCUGUUAGUAGGAUUAUUUGGUUAUGUUUCUCAUUGACUUCAUUGAUUACCAUGGUGCUAUUAGAAAUUUUGGCAAUUUACAAUUUUUCUCCAAUGGAAGUGUGUACUAUGAUCAUUGACAUUA